UUUUUUUGUCCAAGAGCGUUGUUAGGAAAGUAAAACAAUCUAGGGUGUUCACUCCCGUUUGUGUGGUAUUCAAGCCUGAUGAUCAUGCCUUUAAUAUUUAAAAUGGCUGAAGUACAUUGUUGCUCACAUAUCUUUUAAAUUCCAAAAUGUAAACAUAAACACCAAAAUUUAUUUUCUGAUGUGUAUGUUAAAAAAAUAAGAACAUCCAUAGGUUUUUCUACAUUUAAGUUUUCUAUGAAAACACUUGCUUUUGUUACUUCUUGUUGCUAAAUACAAAUUACAAUAUAUUGGUUUCCAAUGGCAACUCAUUUAUUAAUUGAUUCAUUUAUAACUUCAAUAACAUAAAUUUUUAUUACUCAGACUAUAAAUUAAAUUUAUAAGGUAUAGAAAUAUUGACAAAUAGAAACAUCUUUAAAAAAAAUUGCAAUUUUUUUACUUUAUUUGUACAAAUUUUCACGUGGGUUUAUAUCGAAGAGGCAAAAUGUUUUUUUAGCGCGCAAUUAAUUUAGCGAUAGCAAAGGAAAAACAAAUUUUGAGGUAAACUUAUUUUUGCGAUUUAAGACGGAAAUCAUCAAUUUCUUUUGAUUUUUUCUUCCCCAAAAUUUGUACGAAUAAGUUAUUGCGUAUAAAAGCCAAAAACACUUUCGCUUUGUAAUUUUUUUAUUGGCCUUUUAGAACAAAUCUUUAGUUGGGAAUUGUGGUGUUGGUCUUCUUACUUGUGUUUUGUGGUCUUAGAAUUAUUUAUGAGAAAUAUUUGUAAAUUGUGAAUUUAAAACCCUGAUUUUGUAAUCAGCAUUUUUUUGAUUACAUUGAAUGAUUCAUGGUCAUCUAAUAGCCUAUUCAUUUUCUAUGGUAGAGAAAAUUAAAAAUUAUUAUAAUUUUCAAAUAUUUAUACAGUAUAUCUACUUCAGUGCGUGAAACAAAACUGCUCUCAACCACAGGGGUUUUCUAAUGACCGUAGCAACAAAUCUGUAUUAGUUUUAACUACCUUCUAUACUCACAGUGGAGGUUAAGAUUUCUUUUAUAUUGACAAGUAAGAAAAUGUAGAAAUAUUUUUUUAACAAGUUACAUAUUGGCAUGCGUACAGAAAUUUGUAACAAAAACUUGCCACUGUAAAUGAUGGGAAAGUUAUUUGAAAAAUUCAACAGGUUUAAAAGGAUAACGCCGGAAAGAAAAGUUUCAACCCUUUCCGCUAGUGGUAGAAGACAAUCAUUGAACAAGUCAGCUCGACUGACACGAGUUAUAUCUGAUAUUAGCGCUUUUCAAAAUCAAACAAAGCUUGAGUUACAGGAAGGUUUAAAGAAGAACGCUAAAGAACUAGCCUGGUUUUUUAGUUUAUUUGUUGUUUACGUUCUAUUCGGUGCUUUCGUGUUUUUUUAUAUUGAAGAAUGUUCUGGUGCAUCGAUGGCUGAUGAUGGCAGCACACCGUCUCUUUACGAUAAAUUGACAAACCCUGGAUUUAAAUCGCUAAAAUCAACAUGUUGGUCUUUAUUUCGAGAAUCUCUUAAAGCUCAAAAUAUAGAUCCAAGUAAUUCAUCAUGGACUAUAAAUAGUACAGCUUAUUUAUCAUUUUCUGUAGUCUGUGAAACGUUAAUAAACGCUUCUAUAAAUCCAAUUGAGACAUCCGGUUUGGAACGAACUUGCGUGGUAGAUGAAUUCCAAAUAUUAAAGUAUGCUGAAUUCACAAUCUUUACCCUGCUCACGAUUGGGUAUGGCAACACAACACCAGUGACAAUUCUCGGAAGGUAUCUUUUGAUCCUGUACUCAAUCAUUGGUGUCCCUAUUGCUGUUACAAUGUAUAGUGUCGCUGGCAAGCUUUUAGUUCAAGUUUUCACAGUCAUGACCCGCAAGCUUGACGAAAGUCUUGGUUUGGAGUAUACAGAAAAAGUAGUUCGAAUCAAAGUCCUGGCUGUGUCUCUCUGUGCAAUGUUUUUAAUUAUUUUAAUUGGUUGUGGUAUCACAACACGUAAUGAUAUGGAAAAUUUAUCAUUUCACAGUAGCAUGUACUUCUGGUUUGUCAGUUUGACAACAAUAGGGUAUGGUGAUAUACAUUUCGACCGAAAUAAACAUCUACAGUCUCCUCAUCUGUUAUUAUUAUCAGCUGGAAAUUUAUUAUUUGGGCUUGGUAUUGUAGCAGCUAUUAUAGAAUCCUUUGCUUUGGCGCUUGAAAAAGUUGACCUAGCCAGCAUCGACGUAAAUGGAGACAGCCAAGACAAUGUAAAUGAAGCUCCCACAAAACAAUAUAAGAACAUAAUAAAAAUAGCCAGAAAUACCAACAUGGUUGCUAAUUCUGUCGCUAGUGGUGCCAUUGCGUUGGACCUCCCCAAUAACAGUGCAAACGGGGGCCAACGCCUAAGUACUGUCAGUAACGUACUUUUACAAAACGGAUACGCAUAUGAAAACUCCCCUUCCGCUUCUUUAGGCAUCAUUGAAGAAAAUGAACCACUGAAUGAUGACUUAGAAAUUGUUAAUUUUAGAGACAGCGGUUUUAAUUCUUCGGUGAAUGGUAGUAUACAGAGAUUUGAAAAUGCCGAGAAAGAAAGGUAGCGAAAUAUUCACGUAAAAAUGUCCUUAGUAAUUUUGUAAUAUAAUAUAAUUUUUAUUAUUGAUACUUAUUUUAACUUUCGAAUUCUUUCGGGUUAAUUCUUUCUCAAAAUAAACAGACGUCGAUCAUUACUUUUUUUAAUGGUAUUAAUUUUCGCGGUAGAUAUUUUCGCUAAUGAAGUAAAAAAGAGUUACCUUUUCUCAAUAAAACAUUGACCUUUCAAUUUAACGAAUCCUUUGUUCUGAUUUUGGCACCUGCGCUCCAGAAUUAAAGAUUUAUAUCGCGGGUAAUGGGCCUAUAAUUUGACGAAUUUGCAUAAACUCGCGAAAAACAAGAAGGUUGGCACCAUUAAGGUAUAAAAAGCUCAUCUUGUCGCCAGUACGCUUGUACGUGCCGAGUAAUGGAAACGAAGUAAGUGAAGUCAUUAAUUCACCAGACCUAUCGUCAAUGGUUUUGCUAAGUAGCAAAUAAUCUGACAGAAAGAAGAAAGGCGAGAAUCAAAAUUCUAAGUAAGAAAAAUCAACAUAAAUUUUCUGUCAAUAAAUAGCAAUUUUCGCCAGCGGAUGUAUAGUUACAUUUGAAAAUAAAAAAACUUUCUGUUCAAACUUAGAACUUUGACAGUCCAAAAAGUGUCCCUUCUUCUCAAACUGGUUCUCCCAUUAAUAAAGAAACCCUGGGAUCCUCCUCCUUAAUUUGCCCAUAUUCAUUGAAUAAGUUUCUGCAAAUUUACGAGUCCGUCUUAUAUAAACAAAUAGGUGCAUUUUGCACGUCGCUCACACUAAGCGAAAUGUUGCUUUUAUGCAAAUCAAAUCGAUAUUUUAGACCAAUCUCCAUCCCAGGGCCGUUGUAUCUUUUUUCACAUCUGACACCGAUACGUGAGCACUAAAAAUCAGUGAUUUUGAAAACGCUCUUGUCUCGUUUGUCUGAAAAUUCUAAAUAACAAGCCACGAGUAAAUGAGCUUCACUUUCGUUCUCAGUGUCUAGAUUUUAUCAUGUUUGAUUAAAAAGGAACUUUUUCCAGUACAAAUUUAUUUCUCAAAAACUUCAACGUUUGAAAGAAAGUAUCUUUUACACUGAAUAGUUUAAAAAUGUCUACAAAUUUUGCUUGUAGCCAAAACAAGUCGUAUUAUUUAAGACUUUAUUGAAGGAUAAGAACGUGCUGGAUUUAAGAAAUUAAUCAUUUUCUUUUUAGCUAUGUAUGUAGCUAGCUAUACUAGUUGAAUUGUUCCCAAUCAAAAAUUAAAUAAUAUUAUUUUGGUCAUCAGCUCUUCUGGUUAGUUUGCUCAAUAAAACAUCUAAAAUCUUAACAUAUUUUAAAUCAAAAGGAAAAAUAUUUAUACUUCAUAACCACGUAUUUCUAUACAAAUAUUUCUAUUUGUAAUGUGAUUCAUGCAGUUUUAACUGGUUUCGCAUGCAAAGUUACUUACCUAUAGCUAACUA